AUAUGUCUCUCUAUGGUAGGUGGGUCCAGACUGCGGAGAGGACGCUCCGCAACUAGCAAAGGCGGGGUGCUGUAGCGCCGGCGGCCCUUCGCCGACUCGCCCAGGUGCGCGCGGGACAGGCAACAACGACCAGCAGGAGUCCGGCGGUGUGGGGCAGCAGAAGCUCAUCGGUGCGGAGCAUUGUUCACACAAACUGACUUUAUUCCUGCAGGACUUUAUUCUUGAUUGUUCCUGAUCGAAACCCGAACUUUUUGGCAAAUGAGUGCCGGUGGUGCUUUUGGCGGAAAUAGGGGGGUGAGGCCUGUACCUCCUGAAAAAGGUGUGUUCCCAUUGGAUCACUUACAUGAGUGCGACUUGGAGAAGAAAGAUUAUCUUGGCUGCCUGAAAUCUACAGGAUUCCAGUCUGAAAAAUGUCGGCAGUUCUCAAAGAAGUAUUUGGAGUGUCGGAUGGAGAGAAACUUGAUGGCCAAGCAAGACAUGUCAGAGCUUGGGUUCAGAAUUGUGGAUGAAGCGGGUACAUCUCCUGACAAGAACAGCAAACCGGAGAGCCCUCCUAAUCAGCCAAAGGAUUAAAAAAAUAGCUGUUUGGCUUUGAUGUAGCUUUUGUAUGUUUCUUCAUCCCAAAGAUCUGUCAAGAUCUCAAACAAAUAAGGGUAUAAUGAAAGGACGAUGUUAGUUUACAUAGUAACCAAAUUUGAAACUUAUCUGUUGGCUGUUUUGAGUUUUGACGUUCCUGAGGAGCAGUUAUAUGAUUUAUGCUGUG